GCCAUGGAAGAGCGCGCCCCUGCUGAAAGACACCCUUAUUGGUCCUAUCUUGAAAGAUGAGGUGAUGAAAAUCACCCCAGUUCAGAAACAAACAAGAGCUGGUCAGCGAACCAGGUUCAAGGCCUUUGUUGUUGUUGGUGAUGGGAAUGGACAUGUUGGUUUGGGUGUGAAGUGUGCUAAAGAAGUGGCCACUGCCAUUCGUGGGGCUAUUAUUUUGGCAAAACUCUCCAUUAUUCCGGUGAGGAGAGGGUACUGGGGAAACAAGAUCGGAAAGCCACAUACUGUGCCUUGUAAGGUUACAGGGAAGUGUGGCAGUGUGACUGUGAGAAUGGUCCCUGCCCCUCGUGGAGCUGGGAUUGUUGCUGCCAGGGUUCCUAAGAAGGUGCUUCAGUUUGCUGGAAUUGAUGAUGUUUUUACAUCUUCCAGAGGAUCUACGAAGACUCUUGGAAACUUUGUUAAGGCCACAUUUGACUGCUUGCUGAAGACUUAUGGGUUCCUUACCCCUGACUUCUGGAAGGAGACUCGCUUCAUAAGGUCACCAUUCCAAGAGUACACAGAUCUGUUGGCAAAACCCACUAGCAAGGUUCUCAUCACUGAUGUUCAUGAAGAUUGAUUCUCAUGCUGCCUGGGAUACCAUGGAAGAUUAUUACAAGACAAUGUUUUUCCUUAGUAUAGGCUGUAGUCAAAAGAUGAUUAUUGUAUUCGCCGAGGAUAGCCAUGUUUGUUUUGGAUUCCUUUCCAAGUUUUGAUUCGGAUUUUUUAAAUGUUAUUUUGGAUGGAUUUGCAAUAUUAUGCAUGUUUUAAUACUUGCUUG